CCUUUUCAGCCAGCGAAAAAACGUCCUUGUCCGCCACCUACGGAAGUUCAGCGUCCACCUGUGGAUCCAGCACAUGCGAAUCCUGAGGAGAUUUUAGCAGCACUUGAGCAGGAUUCUACUCAGUUGGUCACCGUUGACGAUGUUUAUAUUAGGAAGCUAACUUCUCAAUUAGAGAAGAAAAUCCUGAAAAAUCGAGAGAUGCGGACAAAACAUGCCGAAGAUCCAAAGAAAUUUAUGGAUUCAGAAAUAGAGCUUGACACUGCAAUACAGGAAAUGCAUGUUUUGGCUACACAACCAGAAUUUUAUGGGUGUUUCGUGGAUGCUGGAGGUCCGUCGCUGGUGCUUUCUCUACUUAUUCAUGAAAACUCGGACAUUCUCGGCGCUACCGUGAACUUACUUCAGGAGUUGACCGAUGUAGACAUUUUGAACGAGAGUGAAGAAGGUGCCACUCAGCUCAUUGAGAGCUUAGCUGCUGGUCGUGUUAUCGAAUCGUUUCUCACUGCAUUUGAAAAAUUGGACGAAAAGGUGAAAGAUGACGCUGACGCCAUUCAUAAUGCUCUCAGUGUCGUAGAAAAUAUGAUUGAUUUCCGACCGGAAACUGCUGAAGACUGCGUUAACCAAAACCUAUUCCUCUGGUUACUUCGCAGAGCUUGUCAAAAGGGGACUUUUGAUGCUAACAAGAUGUAUGCAAGCGAAUUGGUCGCUCUUUUACUGCAGCUGUCUGAAUCUGCUAAACGAAAGCUCACCGAAAAAGUUGAUGGUAUUGACAUGCUACUUCGUGCACUGGCCGCAUAUAAGAGACACGAUCCUGAAACUCUGGAUGAACGAGAGCAUAUGGAAAAUCUAUUUGAUGCACUGUGUGCUGCUCUCAUGUUGCCAGCUAAUCGUGAGAAGUUCCUUGACGGUGAAGGACUGCAACUAAUGAAUUUGAUGCUGAGAGAACGAAAGCAGUCAAGAGAAAGUGCUCUUAAGGUUUUGGAUCACGCUACAACAGGCGCAGAAGGCAAGGAUAAUUGUAACAAGUUUGUGGAGAUACUGGGGUUACGCACGUUGUUUCCUCUUUAUAUGCGUACGCCAUCUAAAGUCAAGAGGAAAGACACUACCCCUGAUGAGCACGAAGAGCACGUAUGCGCAAUUCUUGCUUCACUUCUUCGUUCAUGUGGAGAUGAAGCUCGCCAGCGCAUGAUGAGUAAAUUUGUCGAACAUGAGCAUGAGAAAGUUGACAGAGCGAUAGAGUUAUUUAUAAAAUACAAAGAAAAGUUAGCGAAAUUUGAAACGAAGCGUGGACGACGGGAGGAUGGAUCUGUGGAUGAGGACGUAGACAGGGAGUAUCUUGAUCGCUUGGAUGCUGGCUUAUACACGUUACAAAACCUAUCGCUGAUCUUGGCAGACGUUUGUAGUCACACAAGCUCAGCCCGACACCGUGCAUCGAAGUUGUUCUCAAUGAAGAUGAAGCAGGAGAAGAUUUCAAAAGUUCUUUUACCACUCUUAACAGAAUAUCAGACGAAUAUUGGAGAUGGAGGUGAUGAUGAACGUCGACGAGUAGACUUACUGAUUGCGAGGUUAACGAAGGCUGAUCGAGACAAGGAUUGA